AUGGAGUCAGACAGAGCGUGCAGCUGCUGCUACUGCACUGACAUGAAGAACUUCGCCGGAGCUGUGAAGGAUGAUACACUUCAGGGUCCACAGCCUGGCUUGAGCUCAACAGUUUUGGAGGGAGCAAACUUCCAGAGAAACGCGGAAUUUGAAAAACCUUACUACUCCAACUUUGGAGCCAGACGAAAGGAAGACAUGGAGAUGGAAAAGGCUCUAUUCAGCCCCACGUUUCUGGAAGACACUGACUACCAGGAACCCAAGAGAUUCGAACCCACAAGAAGAGCAGCGGUGGCGGCAGCAGCAGCAGCCGCCGCCCCUGUUGAAGAAGCACCGCAAGUCUGGAAUGGGAAUGAAAACCUUAGAGGUCCCUUCCUUGAGUCCAACAGAGCUCAGCUGGGGGAGGCGGAUGCCGCCCCCGUGCAGCAGUCCCUGCUGCGGCCUCUGAUGCAACCUGUUCCGCAGCCCCAGAUGCAGCCCCUGCCAGCAAACCUGCUGCAGGCCCCGCAGCAACCUCAGGAGCAGCCCCUGGAGGAACCCCAGGAGGAACCCCAGGAGGAACCCCAGGAGGAACCCCAGGAUCAGCCCCAGGAUCAGGCCCAGCAGCAGCCGAAGCCCCGCCGCUACCGCAUCUGCUUCACCCCGAUGCAACUGCAGGAGCUGGAGGCCUUUUUCCAGCGUGUCCAGUACCCGGACCUGUUGGCUAGAAUGGAGCUAGCCAGACGCCUGGGCUUGCCCGAACCUAGAGUGCAGGUUUGGUUUCAGAACAGACGAGCCAAGUGGAGACGAAUUCGACGGGCACAAGCAUACCACCACCGAAACAUGGUUCCAGUCGCUAUGGGUCCCCCUGUGGGUGUAUUCCUUGAUGAUCAUUAUGGUCCCAUCCCUGUUGUGGAGGUUAUUUGGAAAUGCUACCCUGUGGUGCCACGUCCUAUGCAUCCUCAAAUGAUGCAUCUUCCACCCAGGCCCCCUCCAAUAUUCAGAGUGCCUGUACCUUUUAGGCCGCCCCCUCCACCUCCAUUUCCCUGGCCGCCUGUACCACCUGAGGUCCACCACAUGCCCAAUGUGGCGAUGGGAAUGGGAUAUAACCACAACCACAACCCCCAUUUUGCAGGUGCCAGAUACUGA